GUCAAACGAAUGUCGUAGUUUUAACAUCUGUAUUGGUCACAUCUUUCGUAGCUGCGKUUGCCAACGUCCGCGCUUGAUGCAAAACUUAAAAUACGAUUGAAAAGAGCUUUCUUUUUUAAACAGUUAAUUGAGUUGAAAAAAAAAAAACAGUGAAAGGAAAAUAAUUGACUGAGAAAAAGUAGAAGUGAAGCAUUUGCAGAGCAUAUAAAGUGUGCUUCAAAGAACAAAGAGAAGUAGUUUUUACAUUCAACUACUAUUUUCAAGUUCUGUUUGAGUCUAGCAACGAAGAGUCGAAAACAGCGAUGGCAAGUGUUCUUCUUCAGAUAUUUCCUUUCAUCAUUUUAUCAUGGAUCAAGGUUUUCCCUAAGUUAACAAUAAGUCACAAAAACUGUCGCACAAUCACACCUAUACAUGGUUAUUGUCUUUCUGAGAAAUAUUCUCACCUAAAGAUACACAGUGUUUCACUGGAAAGAUGUAUUACUGAAUGUGAACGCAAUUCAAAAUGUUCUUGUUUGAGUUAUCGAAAGAACACCUGCACGAUUCAUACUGUCRGUCAGGAUCUYUCGUAUGGURAUUUUAUAAAGGACGAGUCUUGUACUUUCUUAGAGAAUGUCCUUCAACCUGAUUCRUGCUMUACUCAUCAUUGCGCGGGGAUGUCGUCCUGUACGUGUUGGUGUGAGAAGAGACRCUCAAAUGGUAGCUGUGCAGAGUGUGGCUCACGAGCCCUAGGAAUGCAUUCACGUGACAUCAUCRAAGACAAACAAAUUACUGGAAGUAAAUCUGUACUAACGUACGAACCUGUCAAUGGGAGACUGGGUUCUAGGAAAGGAUGGGUGAGCUCGAUCGCAUCAACUAAAAUAUACAUCCAGGUUUCAUUUUCACCAACUAAGAAGAACUUGACACAUAUCGCAAGCCAAGGAAGUCCGACAUUCUUUUGCUGGGUUACGAAGUACACCAUUGAAUACACGAAAGAUAAAGACUUGGGAAACUGGGAAAUAUACAAUACUAAUGACUCAUCUCCAUUUAUUUUUCAAGGCAAUGUUGAUCAAGCCAGCAUUGUCAAGAAUGAACUGCCCAGACCGCUGAUUGGCAUAACUGCAAUAAGAAUCAGAGCUUACAAAUGGUCAAUAUGCAACCAUAUUGCAAUGCGUAUCGAGUUAUAUGGCUGCUGAAUCAUCAAGAAUUAUUGUCAAAUACAAAAACAAACAAAGAACACCAGCAAAAGUACUCAGAUGUUAUAAUAAAAGAUAAUAUAGUUUUAUUGAAUAUGGCAUAACUGAUGACACUACAAAUUGUACUAGAAUUACAAGAACUAUUGAUUGUUAUAUCUUGUGUUGAUCUCGAUUUAAUCUUAACUAUGCAAUUGUAAGGUGAAGACAUAACAUUCACUAAUUCACCUCCUAGGGGUAUAACAUUGAAACUAGGAUAAAAAUGAA